CUCUCUAGAAAUUACAAAGUAAAAAAUCUCUACAUUAAUACAGGCAUUAUUAAUACAUAUACUACUAAUUUCAGAUUGUAGUAGUAAUCUCUUUGUAUUUUGCACUUUAUUACUCUAUAAAUUCAGCUGAAUUUCUGGUGAAUUAGGGUUUUUGAGAGAGUGAUUUUUUCGGAGAGAUGUGAAGAAUUGUGAGAAGUGGCAAUGGUGGCUGCAGUAUCAACAACAAAACCCAAUCAGAAGGUCACAUCUAAUGGUUUGAGUUAUCAGAAUCCGAAAAGGCCGCCAUUGUUGCCUUCAGAAGCUCAGAAUGGACCUUCUAGAAAACCGAAAUCUAGAGAGGUUACUUCUAGGUACCUUUCGACUUCUUCUUCAUCUUCUGUCUCAACAACGUCGUCUUCGAAUACUUCCACUACUUACUCUUCAUCGUCUAAUUCGAUUGCCUCACUGAGGACUCCAUCGCCGAUGGGGACUAGGACGGUUCGACCUGCUGCAACGCCGGUUCAGAAUUCCGGUUCAGUUAAACGGUCCCAGUCGGUGGACCGGAGACGACCGGUGACGCCAGCGUCUACGGAGAAGUCUGCUGCGGCGAAGCAGCUGUUGAAUUCCAGUAGGAGUUUAUCCGUUUCCUUUCAAGGUCAGUCUUUCUCUAUACCUGUUAGUAAGGCAAAACCCCCUCCUGCGACGAACAAUAUUGGAAGUGUGAGGAAGGGUACGCCGGAGAGGAGGAAAGUUACUGCGGAAUUUGUCAGGCCGGAGAGGAGGAAGGUUACUGCGGAAUUUGUCACGCCGGAGAGGAAGAAAGCUACGGCGGAAUUUUUUACACCGGAGAGGAGUAAAGUUGCGGCGGAAUUGAGCACACCAGCGAGAGAUCGGACUGAGAAUGUCAAGACAAGUGAUCAGCAUAGGUGGCCAGGGAGGUCAAAGUCACUGAAUUCAAGUUUUCUGACACAAAGCAUGGAUUGUGGUUCUAUUGACAAGCCUAAAUUUGGAUCCGGAAGUGUCACUAGUUCGUCAAUGAAGUCGGUGAUUGAUAUAUAUCAUAGAGCUAGAAUUGAAGCUGGAUUGAAACCUCAAAGUGAUAAUGGUGAGGUCGAUAUGAAGUCAGCUUAUGGAUCAGCUAUGUCUGCUGAUGCAUUGGCUUCAGAUAGUGAAAGUGUCUCCUCAGGGAGUACUUCAGGUGUCCAUGAUGGUCCGACUGUUACUCAUGGAAAAGGAGGUCCCCGUGGUAUAGUUGUGCCUGCUAGGUUUUGGCAAGAGACUAACAACAGAAUCAGACGAGGGCCAGAACUUGGUUCUUCUAUGGACAAUGGCAAUUUGAAAACAGCGCCUUCUUCUAAGCAAAUGGGAAACAAGAAGUUUCUGAUUGAUAACCCUAGAACAUCACCCUGGGUUGUCCCAGCUUCUAGAGGUCUAGUGUCUCCUCUUCGAGGGGGUCUAAGACCAGCAUCACCAAGUAAGGCAUUGACACCAUCUGCUAAUACUCCUUUAAGAGGGAUGCCAAGUCCUACAAGAACAAAUGGUUCCAUGGUUUCAAUAUCUAAUAAUUCAUGCAUCAUGCCCUCAAUUUUGAGUUUUGCUGCUGAUGCAAGAAGAGGGAAGGUAGGGGAAAACCGGAUAGUUGAUGCACAUGAGUUAAGGCUUCUAUAUAAUCGGAACCUGCAAUGGCGAUUUGUCAAUGCACAAGCAGAAGCUGCUCUAAGGGCACAGACAACAACAGCCGAGAGGACCUUGUACAAUGCUUGGUUGACUACUUUAAAAUUGCGGCAUUCUGUGAAGUCCAAAAGAAUUCAGCUGCAGCUGCUGCGGAAAAAUGUGAAGCUGCAUUCCAUCCUCAAAGGACAAAGGCCAUGUUUGGAAAAUUGGAGUAUGAUUGAUGGAGACCAUUGCAAUUCAUUGUCAGGGACCAUAUGCGCUCUGGAAGCCAGCACUAUUCGUCUCCCUGUUGUGGAAGGAGCUAGGGCAGAAGUUCAAAAUGUUAAAGAUGCUAUUUCUUCAGCCGUUGACGUGAUGCAGGCAAUGGGAUCCUCAAUGUAUUCUUUGCUCCCGAAGGUAGAGCAGGUGGAUUCUAUGGUAUGUGAGCUUGCAGAUGUAGUGGCUAGCGAGCGUGCUUUACUUGAUCAAUGUAGAGAUAUCUUGUCAUCAAUGACGGCUCUACAGGUGAAGGAAUGCAGCCUGAAGACACAUUUAUUACAAAUAAAAGACGCGGUUUGUUGCUCAACAACAGAAGUGUAAAGCUGAUCUUGUUUUGACUGCUUAACGGAAAUGCUAACAUCAAAAGGGAGCUCUUCUUAACCAAACAAAGUGACGGUAAUAUGAUUUGUGUAGCUAGAGUUACUUGAUUCAGGCUUGUUGAAUGCUGCUGCAAUUGCAUUUUGUAUGCAUCAUGAGUAGGAAAUUGCUGCUUUUAUAAUGUUUCAUAGCAGCCAGCUUAUAUCUUUGGUUUAUAGCAUCAGAAACAUUUUACACAUGUGUAUA